CUAGUACUACGAGCCUUAAGUUUGAUUGAUGGCAGCCUCGAGCGGCGAGAAGGCGACGUUACGGUACACCUUAGUGGCCUCUACUAUGGGCUCGGUCGCUGUUACUGCAGUAUGCACUCCCUUUGAUGUGGUCAAGAACUAUUGGCAGGCUUCACCAGCUUUGAAUCAUCAACGGAUCAAUACAAGUGGCCUGCAGGUGAUGCGACACAUUAAAGACGCUUAUGGUUGGCGAGCUCUGUGGAACGGAACUAUGACCAGUCUAGUAUAUCAAAUACCAUCUAAUUGGGUAUUUUUCGUUCUGUAUGAACACUGGCGUGAACGCGUCCCCGAUGGAAUUGCGAGUGCCGCAGCAAGAGCUACUGCAGUUACUAUAUUCUCUCCUUUGGAAUUCCUCCGUACGCGUGUACAAGCCACCACCGGUAUGGGCGAGGGAGCAAUGGCCACUGUGAAGCGAGUUUUACGCGAAGAUUCUUUUUCUAGUUUUUGGCGAGGUUUGCUACCCACAUUAGUUCGUGAUUUACCAUUUUCCGCGAUCUACUGGUCGCUAUACGAGUACAAUAAGAAAAUAUUCUUGCCGGACCACGUGGAGCGACGAGGGGCAGCGCGUAGUGCUAAUGAUGAGGAACUCUUGGAAUUAGCUGAAAAACAAGCUGAGACCAACGUUCCCGUAACUUGGAUGGAAACCUUCGGAUUCUCCUUCCUAAAUGGUGCGGUCUGCGGAACUAUCGCGGCUGCUGCGACGCAUCCCUUUGAUAUGGUCAAAACUCAAUUACAAACAGCGACUCGUCCUACUAGUAGUAGUAGUGGACACCACACUAACGUGGCUAAGCGCGUGGGAACGAGCUGGUCGGUGACUCGAUCCUCAUGGACGUGUUGUCAAUCGGCAUCUUUUUAUACGACGAUCGCCAAUUUUAUGAGGAGCUCGCCAAUUCACACUACUGGAUCAGCGAUGAUGGCGAUUUUCGAAGAGUAUCGUCUUCGAGGAUUCACUGUUGGUCUUGGACCUCGACUCUUGAAGGUUAUCCCUGGCUGCGCUAUCAUGUUGGGAACAUAUGAGUUUUGUCAUGCAGUAGCUGAUAGCCUCGAGCUUGACAAGGUUUUGAAGGAUCAGCAAUCGGAAUCGUCGUUAUUAUCAGCAAAUAGACAGUAUUCACUCUCAUGAGUUCGUUGUUACUUUAGCCUCGUAUCUGUUAAAUUGACUCCCUGUUUUA